CUCAGCGCUGCCGCCGCAUCCGGGGCUCCGUCCGGCGGGUGACGUAAAGCUAUAAAGGCCCGUAGCGCCUUUGUUCGCCCCCAUUGCGCAGUUGCAGAUCGGCGCGGGUGGAGGUCAUUUACAGAAUCAAAAUGGUUGAAGCAGAUCGUCCUGGGAAGCUGUUCAUUGGGGGCCUGAACACAGAGACUAAUGAAAAAGCCCUUGAGGCUGUAUUCGGCAAAUAUGGACGCAUUGUGGAAGUCCUUUUGAUGAAAGAUCGGGAAACAAACAAGUCCAGAGGAUUUGCGUUCGUCACGUUUGAGAGUCCAGCAGAUGCAAAAGAUGCUGCCAGAGAUAUGAAUGGAAAGUCAUUAGAUGGGAAGGCAAUUAAAGUGGAACAAGCAACCAAGCCAUCCUUUGAAAGUGGUGGUAGGCGUGGGCCACCACCCCCUCCCCGAAGCAGAGGUCCUCCCAGGGGCCUUAGAGGCGCAAGAGGCGGAAGUGGCGCGAGAGGACCACCUUCAAGAGGGAGUCACUUGGGGUCUUCUCGAGGGCCACUUCCCAUGAAGAGGGGUCCACCUCCACGAAGUGGAGGCCCUCCACCUAAAAGGUCUGCACCUUCAGGACCAGUGCGUAGCAGUAGCAUGGGAGGAAGAGCUCCUGUGUCACGUGGAAGAGAUGGCUACGGUGGUCCUCCGCGCAGAGAGCCGAUGCCAUCGCGGAGAGAUGUCUACAUGUCUCCAAGAGAUGAUGGCUAUAGCACUAAAGACGGUUAUUCAAGCAGAGAUUACCCCAGUUCCAGGGAUACCCGGGACUACGCACCACCUCCCCGAGACUACGCAUAUCGUGAUUAUGGUCAUUCCAGUUCACGUGAUGAAUACCCCUCCAGGGGAUAUAGUCUUUCCUCCUAUAGUGAUCGUGAUGGAUACGGUGGUGGGCGUGACAGAGACUACUCGGAUCAUCCAAGUGGAGGCUCCUACAGAGAUUCAUAUGAGAGUUACGGUAACUCACGUAGUGCUCCACCUGCUCGAGGGCCCCCGCCAUCAUAUGGUGGAAGCAGUCGCUAUGAUGAUUACGGCAGUACACGAGAUGGAUAUGGAAGCCGAGAAAGUUAUUCAAGCAGCAGAAGUGAUGUCUACUCAAGUGGCCGUGAUCGUGUUGGAAGACAAGACAGGGGUCUUCCCCCAUCCAUGGAAAGGGGCUAUCCACCUCCUCGGGAUUCUUACAGUAGUUCAAGCCGCGGGGCGCCCAGAGGUGGUGGCCGUGGUGGAAGCAGAUCCGAUAGAGGUGGAGGCAGAAGCAGAUACUAAAAACACUCUUAAACUUUUGGACCAAGACAGAUUAUUUCUCAAAUGUGGAAGCUGUUCUAUCUUUAAUACCAGAGGACUACUAAAAGGAAAAGUUGUUUUUAACCUUUUUUUAUUGUUGCCUGUUAAGUUUUCCCCUCCAUGACUUUUAUGCUUUUGUGAGACAAAGUUGAAACAAUGUUUAAUAUCAUUUCAAAAUUGUUAACAUUUCUUUCACAAAGCAGAUGUUAAAUGUAUAAGCUUGAGCUGUGUACUAGUGUUGUAAUUUUCAAAGUAAAGUUUCCCUGAAAUGCCA